AUGCUGGUUCGCGGUCCCUUCACACUGGAGAAGGCGGAAAGUGCGUGCCAGUGGUACUAUCGGAUCGGUUUCUUCGGCUUGCCUUGGCUGUGGGGCCUUCUCUGGCUUUUCUUCCGCCACUACAAGGACGAGAGCGAGACGAUUCACUGGUAUGUGAAGCGGGCGAGACGUUACAGCAUAGCAGGUUGCGUCGUGUUCGUGGUCAUGUCCAUUGUCCUUCUCUUCGCCAUCCCCCCUACGAGCGCACUUUGGGUGAUUGCGCCUUUCCAGGAUACCUUCCAGUGGGGAUACUUCGCAGUCAACACGUCAGAGGCGGCAGACGCGGCGAACACCAGCACCAGGAGCUACGACAGUGCGUCUUUUCUGUGA